AUGAUUAUAACGCUCUCACCGAAGUGGUAUACUUGGCUUUGUGGGCUAUUUGCUAGUCUGGGCAGUAUCAUCUUUGGAUACGACCUUGGUGUCAUCGCAGGAGACACUAUGGGUUCACGAUUCGGGAAUGAAGGUUUGAAGGGUUUGAUAACGAGCAUAUUCGGUUCCUUCUUCGGCAUGUUCCCCGUCGCGUAUGCCGCAGACAUGCUUGGACGUCGCAAGACAAUUCUCCUCGGCGGCCUUAUAUAUAUUCUUGGCGGGACUCUCCAAACCUCCGCCCCGAACAUGGAUAUGAUGCUUACUGGUCGGUUCUUUGCCGGCUUUGGUUCUGGAAUCAUGUCGGAUUUGGCGCCAUUAUAUCAGGCCGAGAUUGCUCACCCCAGUAUUCGAGGUCGGCUCACUACUUUACAACAGGCAAGCGCGACUUACGGACACUGGACAUUCGUCGCUUCUUGGGUGACCUACGGGACCGCCCAAGGACUUCCCGGUACACAGUCGGAAUGGAGGAUCCCUUUAGGAAUUCAAAUUAUUCCAGCUAUUCCUUUGGUCGCGUUCGUCAUGCUCUUCCCCGAAUCACCUCGGUGGCUUGCCGAGAAGGGUCGUAUGGAAGAAGCCAGGAUCUGUUUAGCUCGUCUGCACGCCCAUGGAGAUGUUAACGACCCGUUCAUCACUGCCCAAAUGGAGGACAUCAGAGCUGAUAUACAUAAGGCACAAGAUAUUGGGGAGUCUACGUGGUCCGAGCUAUUCACCGUUCCUAGCAACUUCCGGCGCUUAAGUCUGGGGUACAUUCUGCAGUUCUCCGUUCAGAUGACGGGUGUUAGCGUGAUUCAAUACUACUCGACCACUAUUUUCACGACGAUGGGUUUCUCCUCAACGCGCAUUCUUCUCUUUCAAUCCGUCAAUAGUAUUAUAGCACUUAUCGGAGAAGCUUGCUGUGUGCUCUGGGUGGAUCACUUUGGGCGACGAAGGCCGCUCAUCGUAGGCAAUAUCGCUUCGGGACUAUCUUUCGUCGUUGGCUGUGUCUUAAUGGCUCGAUAUCCUGGUUCUGUUAAUAACAAAACGGCCCUAACAGUGCCUACCAGGACCUGGAUCUUCAAUUUCUUCUUCAGUUCCUGCAUCGGACCGCUAUCUUGGGCGUACCCCGUCGAAAUAUAUUCGACACGAACGCGUGCAAAGGCAACAGCACUGACGAGUUCUUCUUCAUGGCUUUCAAACUUCUUCAUUGCUGAAGUUACUCCUAAAGCGUUUAGUGCAAUCGGCUGGAAAUACUACCUGGUCUUUGCCAUCUGCAGUCACACCAAUGCCUUGUGUAUUUGGGCAUUCUACCCCGAAACAAGCGGGCGCCGACUCGAAGAAAUGGACGCUCUCUUCGAGGACUCUCCCCUCUUCGUACCGGGAAGCGAAUACACCAAGGUCUGCGAUAGACAUGCAGCAGAGAACGAUCUUCGUGCAGGUAAGCUUGUUGCACUGUUCGAAGCCAUGAAAUGCUGA